GGAUGUCACAGGCUACCCAGGUCGCCGUCGCUGGCCCGAGCGCUCUCACGGACCCCUCUCGUACCGCCAUACGAAGCCAACAGCACAACAUCCCUCGGUUCCUCCUCAAGCUCUACGAGAUUGUGAACGAUCCCGCGAAUGACACACUCGUGAAAUGGUCAGAAUCAGGCGACUCCUUCUACAUUUUCAACCAGGAGAAGUUCGCGCGUGAAAUCCUUGGGAAGUGGUUCAAGCACCAGAACUUCUCGUCCUUCGUCCGUCAGCUCAACCUAUACGGGUUCCGCAAGAUAUCUGCUCUCCAGCAAGGCCUCUUGCGCACAGAUAAUGACUCCGAGACCAUACAAUUCGCACACCCUAACUUCCACCGCGGCCAACCUGAUCUCUUAGCCCUCAUUCAGCGCAAACGCAAUGCCCCUGUGAACGCGCAGACCGACGAAGGUGCGGUCGGUCUCCUUCAAUCAUCCCUCUCGCAGGACAGUAAAGCGCAAGGCCAACCCCUCGAUGUGCGGUCGAUCGUGGAGGGCAUAAACGCCAUCCGGCGUCAACAGCAAGCUAUCGCAGCCGAAUUGGCCGUGCUCAAGCAGUCCAAUGACGCCCUUUGGAAGGAGGCUAUUGAGGCUAGGGAGAGACAUGCGAAGCAUGAGGAUACGAUCAACCGCAUCCUCAAAUUUCUUGCUGGGCUGUUUGGCCGGGUGAUCCAGGGACAUGGCAGCCAUAACGGAGCUCCGGCCGGUAGACUGCUCCUCGGAGAUGGUAGGGCGAACCACGGCGAGGGCACAGACUAUCAUGGAAGCGACGCCGACCCGCAGAGCGAGCCAGGGAGCCGUGCUCAAACUCCCUUCUCUGUUGCGUCGGAGCGCUUCGUUACCGUUGAGACCCCUCAAACGUUAGCUGGCACGCCUGCUGCGAUCACUGAAGUCCACGACCACACACACAAGUCCACGCAAAAACCUCCACACCCGGUUCCUAACCUCCGGACUGUACCGAAGGCCACCGCGCAUACUUCGCAAGAUGCUCAGAAUGCUCCUCCUGGUCCAACAUCAGCUACAAUCGCCCCCUUCAGUCCAAAUGGAUCAAACCCUGAAGCCAUGUGGCAAGCCACUCUGCAACAAAUGCUCACCUCCCCCGCACAGUUUCAGCAGGUCCUCCAGACGUUCGCGAGUACUUCACCGUCUCCCUCUCCUACGAGCUCCGUCCCGACCUCCUCUUCCCUCCAUGCGCCGCUGAAUCCUCCACAACAGCAACUGCAAUGGUCUUAUCCAUAUCAGUUUGCCCCACAAGCUCCCCCCACCAACGCACUUGCCGUUACUGCCCCUCCGCCGGCGCCUGUAGACCCACUCGCGAUAGCUCCCGCACCUUCCACCGGCCCGUCGCCACAAGAGGAAGCCCUGCUCAACAACGCGGAUCGUCUAAAUAAGACAUAUCGCGACGCUGAGCAGAUCCGUUCGGACGUGGACGACCUGCAGACCAACCUCCAAGAGCUCAUUCACAACAUGGGCCUUGACCCGCAGAAUGUGACCUUCCCUACCAUUGACCACCCCGCCGUGCCACCGCCACCCGAGGACCUGAACGGCGCCGGGCAGGGCGCGGGCGAGUUCUCGUUCGAUACAUGGCUCAGCCAGCUGAACGGCGCUGGGCUGCCCGACUUAGCAUACUCGCCUUCGCCGGCGCGACCGGGCAGGGAGGACACGGACGACUUCUCGGCAUUCCUGGACCUACCUGCACUUGAUGGCGGACAGUCGGCGGCGUCACCUGGGCCUGCUGCGUAUUCGUCUCCAACGGGGACGAAGCGGAAGAUCGAGGUGGUUGAAGUCCCGGAGGUGCCUUCAGGGGACGCACCGUCGGCCAAGAAAAAACGAUGACGGAUGGGAUGUGGUCCAAGGGCUUUUGGGUGAUGGGUAUCCUGGGGAUUUCAGGUGUGCUCCGCUCGCAUGAUGCCGUAUGCCCAGUUUGAUAUGUUGUCUAUUUGCAAGGACUGCGCUUCCUGUAUCAAUAGGUGUACGAGUAUGUGAUAUAUAAACUCAGACGGACUCUAAUGUCUACCUGUAUACACACGAUCGACGAGGCGACAGUAGAAUCCG